AUGACCGAUGCUAAAGACGGAGUUUCUUUGUUUGACCAUGCGUCUGGCUCCUCAGUUGCUCCUCCCGACACAGCUGACAGCCUCUCUCGUUCACACUGGCAGACCCGUGACGCAGCUGCUCGCCUAACUAUUCGCAAUUAUCUGCCAUUAGCAGAACGUGCUCACUUCGGCCAGCACAAGACCGCUAAGGAUCUGUACACCGCUGUAGUCGCUCGUUACUCUUCCCCUGCCACUGCUGCUCUCAGCCGCCUUUUCCUGCCCUACCUGUUCCCCGAGCUGUCCUCCUUUGCCACAGUUGAGGACCUCAUCUCCCACCUUCGCGCUAGUGACUUGUUGACUUCCUUGGUGCUGAGGAGGUCGGCGCUGCUUCUGCUCCUAGUGGGAAGCGCCGCAGCGGCAAGGGUAGGGGCGGCAGGAGUGGUAGAGGUGGUGGAGGGGGGGGCGGUGGUGGAGGCGACGGGGGUGGUGGAGGUGGCGGAGGUGGCGGUGGGAGUAGUGGCGGGAGUGGAGGCGUCGGUGGCGGCGGUAGCGGUAGCAGUGGGAGUGGAGGCGGCGGAGGCGGCGGCCGUGGGAGUGGUGGUGGUGGAGGCGGCAGCGGCGGUUGUGGCGGCAGUGGGAGCGGUGGCGGCGGCACUGGUGGCGGUCGGGGUGGAGCCUUUCAGAGGGGAGGCUCUGGAGGUGGUAAGAGGCAGUAGCAGCAGCAGCGUCCGCGCGAGACCCUUACACCCCAGCAGCUUCAUGAGUGGUAUGCUCAGCCCAUGCGGGAAGUUCCACUCCGACUACCGCUGCUUCUCCCGUCUUGAUGAUGCCUGGCGCACACAGUUUCCUGAUGCACCUGAGCUCCCCCGCUGGGCAGACUUGCCUAAGCGAGAUGUUGAUAUCUUUGCUCUAGACUAA